UCAUAUCUCCCAGUCCCAGGUGAAGAAGUGUUUACGAAUGACAGUAGUGUGUUUAGUUUUGAAAAUGUGACUUUAUUAUUGUAAAUAUUAUUACAAUGAAGUGUUUAUUAUUUCUGUAUCUGACUCUGACUGUGGCAGACUGUACAUUAUCCCGUUCAAAUCAAAAAGUUAAAAGUAAUCAACUGAAAGCGGCUAAAGGCCCGGUAUCAACAAGUGUUUUUGAAAGGGAUUUGGUCGUAGAAGACCCGAAACCGAAGUCAGUUCUUUCACAAUAUCAAGCUUAUUAUGAGGAUACGGAGAAAGUAAACUUUAAGGGCAGAGUAUUAGGGUACGUUACCCCAUGGAAUGGUCAUGGAUAUGACAUUGCAAAGAGUUUUGGUGCUAAAUUUACUUACAUUUCGCCGGUGUGGCUUCAGAUUCGCAGGAAAGACAAGGCAUACGAAGUCACUGGUUUGCACGACGUAGAUAAAAACUGGAUGAAGGAUGUAGUCAAAAGAAAAUCAGACCUGAAAAUUAUUCCACGAAUCCUUUUCGAUGGGUGGACGCCAGAAGAUUAUGCAUCGUUAUUGGCAAGUGAGACAGAGAGAGAGCACUUAUGCAAAGUGUUACAAAAGUGUGUAAGGGAUUGGAAUUUUGAUGGGUUGGUCCUGGAAAUUUGGAACCAAGCAGCUGGCAUUAUUCGCCCGGAAACUUUAGUGUAUUUGAUAUUAAUACUAGUUAAAAAAUUGAAGGAACAAAAGAUGCAGAUAAUUUUGGUUGUCCCACCAACCUCCAGGUCUGGUUUCACUAAGGAGCAUUUUGAUAAACUAGCCGACAUUGUGGACGCAUUUUCGCUCAUGACCUACGAUUACUCAAGUGUGCGAAGACCAGGUCCAAACAGCCCUUUAUCGUGGAUUCGAGAGUCUGUUGAAACUUUGGUGCCGGAGGCAGACGAUCCGAGGAGAUCGCUUAUACUACUUGGACUGAAUUUUUACGGCGCUGCAUAUACAACAACAGGUGGAGGUCCAAUCAUAAACCAUGAAUACAUCUCCCUGUUGAAACAGUUGCGUGGAAAAAUUAAAUUUGAUGAAGUGUCUGGUGAACAUAUGUUUGAAGUAAAAACAGACACAGGGAAAUAUAUCGUAUUUUACCCCACUCUUUAUUCUGUUCAUCUAAGACUGAAACUUGCAGAAGAAUUGGGAACUGGUAUUUCAAUUUGGGAACUUGGUCAAGGCUUGGAUUAUUUUUAUGAUUUAUUGUGACAACGUUUAAUGUGUCAAAGGACUGUUUUCCUUUCAAGUUGAAUGUUAAUGCUGAGAUUUGUUUUUGUCAUUUCUGCAACUGCAGUCCAAAAAACUACAGCUAUCUACAACUGUAAACUUAUUGUUCCUUUCUGCUGUUACUUUGUUAAUAAACACAGUCAAGAUUC